AUGGCGAACAGAUUGCGCUCUUGUGCUUUUGUUUUGUGUUUCUUGAGUUUGGCUCUUGAAGUGAAAAAUGGAUUUGGUUUGGUGAAAGAGAAUCCACGGGCGUGUAUAAUAGGCGCAGGCUAUUCCGGACUAGGUACUGCUCGUUACAUGAAGGAGUAUGGCGUUAAUUUCACAGUGUUUGAGGCAACGAAACACGUGGGUGGCACCUGGAGGUUCGACCCACACGUCGGCACAGACGAGGACGGAUUACCAUUAUUCACUAGCAUGUAUAAAAAUCUAAGGAUAAAUACACCACGGUUGACAAUGGAGUAUAGGGGAUUUCCUUUUCCAGAUGAUACUCAAUCUUUUCCCACAGGAGAGUGUUUCCACAAGUAUUUGAAAUUAUUUGCCAAACAUUUUGAACUGGAGAAACAGAUUGAAUUUCAAAGUUACGUAACUUCAAUAAAAUGGGCUGAAGAUCACUGGAAUAUUACUUACACAAAAGUUGACAAGAAGGAAACACGGACGGCAGAGUGUGACUUUGUGGUUGUAGCUAACGGCGAAUUCAGUACCCCGGUAUGGCCGAAUUUCGAAGGACAAGACACUUUCAAAGGGAAAAUGAUACACAGCCAUGAUUACAAAGAUCCUGAUGAAUAUAAGAACCGGCGGGUACUCCUCGUCGGAGCUGGGCCUUCUGGUCUUGAUCUCGCUGUUCACCUUGCCAAUGUCACUUCGAAGCUGGUCCACAGUCAUCAUCUCAAUUACAACCAACCCUAUUUCUCCAACACUUAUAUUAAAAAGCCUGACAUUGAAAUGUUUACAUCGAACGGAGUCAUAUUCCAGGACAACAGUUUUGAGGACGUAGAUGAUGUCAUAUUUUGCACAGGAUACGUUUUCUCUCACCCGUUUUUGGACAAGAGUGUCGGCAUCACAGCUACGGAAAAGUUCCUGCUACCGCUGUAUCAACACAUGGUUAAUAUCAGGCAUCCGACGAUGGUAUUUGUGGGGGUACCGAAGAAGGUGCUCAACAGUGUACUUGAAGCACAGGGUGAAUAUGCAGCAGCAUUAGCAGCUGGGAAGUUCGAGUUACCUCCACAAGAGACUAUGUUGAAAGCCUGGCUCAAGCAUGUUCGUACGCUACAUUCAAAGGGCAUAAAGAUUCUCGACGUCAAUGUGAUUGGAAAUGAAAUGGACAAUUACUUCGUGAAUCUAACACAAGAGGCGGGCAUUUACCGCCGACCUCCGGUACUUACUGACAUCAGAGAUUUCAAUGCGAAAUAUCGUUUGGAUGACUUGCUCAACUAUCGUGACUUUGACUUCCGAAUAAUCGAUGAUUAUAAAUAUGAGAGGUGGUACAACCCUAGACAAGGGAAUCCAUGCCCUAUCGAUGACUAG